CUCCGUCACUCCCAUGCCGGCUUCUUGAUUGGCUUCACGGCCCCCGGUAGGCGUGCUUGAAGCUCCAACAUCCAACCCAUCCACCCAUUCGUUCGUUGGCACGCACCAUGGGCAACGCUCAGAGCAGUCCCCGUUCGCGUUCCCACAACAAGCUGGCGAAGCCCAGAACCAUUUCAAACGUCGUGGUUCGCGGCCAGAAGAACGAAUCCCAGCAGAGCUCCCUCGCUUCCCGAUAUGCAAACCUCAGCGCAAACGACCGCCAGCAAAUCAAGUCGCAGCUCCUAUCUCCCCUUGAGACGGAUUUCGAAAACUCCUCCGCUCUCGGUGACGACUCCAAGCUUCAUGUGAUUGAAGAUGCGACCGCCCCGACUUCGGCCACGUCGGGAGGCAUGCAGCGCGGCUUGUCCAAUUCCUCGAGGACAAACUCCAUGUCCUGCUUUGGCAGCAGAGGUGGUUCGGCUUCCAAGCUCAACAGCGUCGCCGGUUCAAAGGUUUCGCUCCAUGACGCUGUAGACGUGGAGACGGCAAUGAGGAUCCUAGAAGAAGUCAAACGAACCGCAUCACCAGAAGACCUGGCCACCCUUCAACUAGCUCUGCAGCCUUCUCCGCCUUCUCCUUCUCCUCGUCCCACGUCCACAAUCGACCCCGUUAUCAAUCGUCGAAACUCAAUAGCACUCAAUCGCUCCUCAUCGUCGCUGAUCAGACGUCGCUCUUUAGUUACGACCCCCGGCUUAGCCACUCGCGGUUCGCCAGCGACCAAGGACCGCCGGGCAUGGAGUUCAUGGAAAACACCCAAUCUGGACCCGCAGGAGGAGGCAAAAUGGCAUACGGACAAGCCAUUGGCUAAUUCACAUACAGGGCUGGCUGCCCUCGCGCUGACGGAAGAACAAACUGGUGCUUCGAGUCCCCGCGCGAUGACGCCUGGUGACAAAGAAUACACGCAUUUGGGGUCGCUGCAGCUCGGAUCUUUGAGGAUAGCAAACGGGGAGCCCUCUCCAGCCCCCCGCGGAGCGCUUCAAAGCCUCUCUAAGGAAGUCGAUUAUUUUACACCGCCCGACGUAGAAGAUGCGCCCAUCAUGAUGAAGCCUACAAAGCGUAGUAAACACGCGAGAAGCAUGUCUGCUACCAUCCCACCCACUCCUCCACUUUAUCGUAAACUGCGUCUUUCCACUGCCAGCAGAAAAUCCAAGACCCUGUCCCGGUGUGAUAGCCCACAAAAGACGGAUGGCUCUUCGAAGCCAGAUUCUGUCCCCAAGGCGGAAGACGCCUCUCACCCCCAGUUUAUGAACGGUGACGAUGAGCCUGAGCCGCUGAGACGCUUGCGAGUGACAAACAGAAGUUCUGAGACUCUUGCGACCAUGGCGACUCACUGCCAGGCAAACGCGAUGGAUGAAUGUUCGCAUGAACAACUGGAUAUCGAUGAAGGUUUCGUCUCCGACGACGAUAAAGCUGAAAAGGAAACUCACACCAUACUCAAUGGCACUAUAUUUGGAGAGCCACUCACCACAAUUCAUUCGUCACCAUUAGAAAAUUUGUCAACCACACAGCUACCGGCUGUCAGCCCGGCAACAUACGAGGACGUUAUACCGACAAUAGAAUUACCUGAGCUAGAAACGAGGAGCGCUCGGCCUCCGCCGACAAAAGCAGACUCGGGGUAUUCAUCGGUUGGCAGCUUUGUGAUGGUUCAGCGUCAAGCCAUGAGAGAAGGAAGUCCCACGCUUUUAGAAGAAGACGCGCACCAGAAUAGCAGUGGCGAUCAUGCGAGGGAACCGGACGCGACCGAACAUGCUCCCCAGACUCUUCACAGGAUACGUUCCAACCAGGAGAAUAGAACCACUCGAUCAGACUCGUUAGAUAUUCCACGUAGUGGAAGCCAACCGCAACCAGAGCAAGUGACUGGACCGGAAUCUCCGAGAUCCCCGAUGUCUUUGCAAUCCGAGGGGUCUGCCGAAAAGAACACUUCCAUGUCUAGGCGACUACAGAAGCGGCGCCCAUCACAGCAGGAACUACCCGGCGUCAAUCCAUUGGUUCAUACAUAUGAGAGUACCAUACCUGAAGUGCCAUCAGAUUUGAGAAGUCAAUUCGUGACGCGUACGUCGAAAACAUCAGGUAUGGAAUUCCACAAUCAAAACCAUCUCGCCAGCGAGCAUGUUCAGCAAGGGGAACGCAGAUAUGAGGCAGGUGUACCUGCUCCUACACAGGCUCCCGAGGAAACCGAGUCACAUACAAAGCAGCAAAAACCAGAGAAGGCGGAGAGGAAGCGAUGGAGCCUUUUCGAAGACAGCAGGACCGGCGAGAUGGCUGAGAACCAUGGAAGAACCCACUCGAAUUCCGUGCCGGACCGUCCUCAAACACCCUCCCGUGGCCUACGCCGUAGCUUAUCGUUAUUCCGAAGCAAGUCGAAAUCGGAAAAAGACAAGGCCAAAUCGGCCCAAGAGUACGUCAAUGAGAUGCCCAUGAUGGUAGACUUGGGAGCUAUUGGUUCGGCACUCGGGCGAUCCCCAUACGAUGCUGCCAUCAACGCAGCUUUCACGCAUACAGUGACCUCUCCCACGCACCCCCACCAGAUGGGCAAUGUCAUGCCAAUGUCGCGCACAAAGUCCAUGGUGAACAUGGACGACCGGACCGCAGCGGACUAUGCUCGCGCACGCAGCAAGGACCGAGCCCAGGCGCGCCCCGAAAUGCCACAACGCCCCAAGAGCUACCACCAAGCCCUCCACCACGGCAACGACGGCGGCCGACCUCGAAGCUUCCACUACGACAACGAUAUCCCGCCUAUCCCCACGCUACACGCGAUGCCCCCACGGCCUAGGAGCUGCCAUCAGCCCAGCUACGACGGCCGCGCGCGAUCUCGAGGAUUCUACUACGACAGCGAUAUCCCCCCCGUUCCCAUGCUGCCUCGUUCCAAGACUCCCACUCACACACCCACCGCUCCAUCCGCUGCCGAUCCCUCACCUGUACAACCCGCCAGACCCGGUCCGCAGAUCCGCGCACGGCCGACGGGCAGAGGGCCAACUGUGUCGAAAAUCGUAACCCAGUACGAUCAAUACGGAGACUGGGAGCCCCGGCGUACAGAAUGGCAGGUGAAGUCGCACACGCAGCAAGGUCGUCGACGCAACUACACGGUCGGAUCGCGGCCGGCUUCUUACCAGGCUUAUCAGCCCCAGCUGCAGCAGCAGCAAUACCAAUCCCAUUAUGAAUACCAGCCACAGUACCAGCAGCAGGAACGACAGCAACGGCCGCGGCAACGGUCUUCGAGCUCAUACGGACGGCACUCGUUGCCCUCGCAAUCCCCGCACAGAGAGUACCGCCGUUCCUCUGAAUAUGUGGAUUCUGCGCCUGUGCCUGUGCCUGUGCCUGCUAUGCCGCUUCAUCACCCUCAGCAGACGCAGCAGUUGCAGUCAAUGGGGACGCGUCAGUUGCAUAGUUACUCGAGCCGCUCCAUGGGCUCGCGGCAUCACAGCAGCGGGUACUGA